AUGCCUAUCUUCUCGAGUUUGAAUAGCUUUUUGAGACGCCAUAAGAAGAAGUUGAUAGUGACAGCAACUUUGACGUUCUCGGCAUACUUUUUGGUUAAUCAAUUUAUUAUCAAGAAGUUAAAGAACUUCCAAAACUCGUUGAGACAAGAAUUGUUUGUUAAGGAGCAAAUAAAACGAAGAUUUGUUCAAACUCAAAAUGACUGCUAUUUAACCAUAUUGGCAUUACUUCCUGUGUUGACUCAGCCAAUUAUAAACCAUUUACCUAUUGAAUUAAUUACCCAGGCAUUAAAAUUGAAAAAGACCAAUUCGAAUCCCACACCUCAAGAGAUAUCCGAUUCAUUAUUGACUACUGAUAACUUAACUAUGCACCAAAAUACAAACGAUUCUAGUGACUUAUCGCAUUAUAUGAGUUUAUCGAAGACCGAAUUAUGGAAGUUAUUGAAGAUCAAGACAUUGACCAGAACAUUAACUUUGAUGUAUUCGAUAUCUGGCUUGUUGUUAUUAACGAGACUCCAAUUGAAUAUUUUGGCCAGAAGAUCAUAUUUGGAGAGUGCAAUCAUAUUAGCAGGUGGUAAGGUCAAUGAUACUGAGACCUCUCAGGAUUAUUUUAUUGAACAAUCUUAUUUAUCAUUGAGUUGGUGGUUAUUAAACAAGGGCUGGUUGAAGAUAAGUGAUUUAGUUGAAAAGGUAGUUACUGAAAAGUUUAACACUAUCAAUGCUAGAACUGAGUUAUCUAUUAAUAAGUUCGAUGACCUUUUGUGUGAAAUGGUCAAUGAGUUGUCUACUAACCAUAAUCAAGAAAUUUUGAAUGCAGUUUUCCCAAUCAGUUACGAUAAUUUGAUAGAGAGUUUAUUAAACACAAACCCUGAAUUAAUUAAAGAAUUAGACAUAGAAGACUCGAUUAUGCUAAAAUUAAUCAAUGAAACUACAUAUCUAGUAAGCAACGAGGCAUUCGGAGACAUAUUGAUAAAUAUGGUAGACAGCUGUAAAUCGACGUUAAUCGAGAACUUGUUAUUAAGUUUGGAUCCAGAGAACGCAUACACUAACCAAGAGAAGGUGAUUGAUAUUUCAAACAUAAAACAAUUUAAAUUGGCAAACUUAUUGGCUCAGUUAAGUAUCCAAUGUGGUGUUUUAUGUGAUAAUAAUAACUUGAUGAAUGAUACUUUCAGUAACGAAUUAUCAGGUAAUAUCUACAUGAAUAAUUUGAAUGAAAUCGAGAGUUUAGAUGAGUUUAGUGCAUCGAUUUAUUCAAAUUUUGAGUAA